UGUCAAGUGGCCGCGGCGUCUAAUUUUGUCACUCGCGCCGGGAGUUGUCGGGCGAGACGCAACGCGGGCGCGCGGGCACCAUGGCGCUCGCCUGCCUGCGCUUCUGGAUCGAGACGCCGGUCCGCUACGGCGACCUCCUGGAGGCGAGCGGACUCCUCGACGAGCCCGAGCGCUUCCGUCUCCGCCACGACCUCUUCGCCCUGCCCGGCCCGCGCGUCGCUACCGGGGCCGUCGCGCUGGACGGGGACCGCCGGGCCGUGGACGCGUCGAGGCCCCCGGGUGAGCCGGAGCCAAGCGAGUCUGGGCCCCGGAAGGCAGAAUCCCAAAAAUCUGGGUUGCACGAAUCCGGAUCCCCGAAUUCUGGAUCCCCGAGAGGCCGAGAGUCUGCCGCCAAGGAGUCGCGCUCCCGACAGCGGACGUCUCGCGAACCUGGGCCACGUGAGCUCGAGAUUCACGACUGUGAAUCCCAGAAGUUCGACGCUGGAUCACGAGGGCCAGAACCUCGUGGCUUGGGAUCUCGGACUCCAAGUUCCGGCACGUCGGGGCCUCCGAGGCCAAACUCUCCCGAGUCCGAGUCUCACGAAUCCGGGCCCCGGUCGCCCGCCGCGGCGCCCCACCCGCCGGGCCCUCCGCGCUUCCGGCUGCUGCUGGACCUGCUGCAGUUCCGCCCCGAGGACGUCCUGCUGCAGGUGUGCGAGGGGUGGCUGCUGCUGCGCGCCGAGCACGCGCCGCGCUUCGACGCGCAGGGGCUGUGCGCCCGCCGCGUGACGCGCGCCCACGCCCUGCCCGCCGGGGUGAGCGCGCGCCACCUGCGAGCCCUCCUGUGCCACGACGGCGUCCUCGUGGUGGAGACGACGGAGGAGGCCUGAUCCUCGUUACCCCCAAUCCCAACCCCGACUCGAACCUGCCCGACCCCCGCCCACCACGGUGCCGUCUGCUGCUGGGAUCGCUCGCUCUCAUCGCGCGCGUGUUCAAAGGUGCUGCUCGCCGACAGCGCUUGCCCCGGCAGUCUGCUGAGGCUAUACGGGGGACCUUUGUUUGGCAUCUAGCGUGUUGGAAAAUACUUUAGAUGUUUAUAUUGCCUCUUCUGUAUUGCGCAUUCUCUUCCUCUUCCCGUCACUCCCCCCACUACCCCUUUCGCGAUCCCCGUGCACCCCUCCAUCGUGGUGUCACUCAUUCCUCGGCCAUCUCAAUCACGAUUCUAUUAUCCUGUCAACGUUUUGCAAACUAUGCCAAGCGCCUUGAGUGACUGCGCUCUUUAAAUAUAAAAUAACCUUGGAGUGCGGGACAGAUGUGACGGCGCACGUCAUUGCCUGCGUGUGCUUCACUUGUGUUGUUUGGGUGACCCCCCAGGUCCAUCUUGCAAAUGAGACCACGAAAUCCCUGGCAUCGCUCACCUUGGGUUACACAAAAUAUCAACUUGUACGUGUUGCCUGUGCUACGAAAAUAUACCGCAAGACGGCGCUGUGAGCCAGCACUUUACCCGCUAUCAUAUUCCAUUGAAAUAAAGGUGGCAAUGUUGAACUGGCCCGGCAAUUUGAUUUUCUUUUGGGUGCAAAUGUGAACAACAGCCACAUCAGACACGAGUACAUCCCUAAUCGGCAUGCUCAUUAGUUCACUGCAGCUCAAAGACUAUGUGUGUGUGUGCGUGUGUGUGCGUGUUCGGCGUUUGAAGGUGUGAAGACCAGAAUCGGUGAUCUCGCCAACAAUGUGCUCAUUAGGGAGGCAGUUCCAUAUGCGGGCAGCAGAGUUAAGAGAAGGGAGCUUCUGUCCGGGCAGCAUGUUCUGACUUGUGGGUUUUGUAUUCAAGUAAAAAACGGAGUCGUCUGUUGCACCAUCAUAUUAGUCCAUUGACUCAUGCACUUUGGUAAAAACUCGACUGCUGCUACGCUAAAAUAAAACAGUUUAAACAGUUUAUAGUUCACUUACCCCGCCACAAGUGGACAUCUGUGAACAAAGAGAUGCAUAGCUCAUCGGAAUCCUCCAGGAUAUAUAAAGAUGCUGAUCGAAUUAAUAAAAUACAGAUCCUGAUUGUGGUAGCUUUGCACGGGGCCUGUAAUCCUGCACUGGAGGCAGCGAGGGUCGGUGGAUCCCACACGGAUGUCGUGAAACUCCCUUCCCGUGGGUGUCGACGAGGAGCCAAAUUCUGGCUCGCCACGCUACAGCAGACUCCCAUCUGUCCCGUCUCUAUGGGAUAGAGCGCUGCCCCUCGCACGCGCGGCUUUCCUCCAGGUGAUCCGGUUUGCACCCGCACGUAAACAAUCAUAGCAAAGAGUUCCAUUCCACUUGUCUGGCUUCUCGCGCCUCUAAGUUGUUCUCAGUCUUUGAGAGUGAGCAAAUACUUUGCUGCGUGUUACAAGCUGAAUGUAUUAAAACU